AUGAAGUUCUCAAUCAAUCUUCGUAUAAUCUUCUUCAUCCCCCUUUUCCUUACCGUCACACCAACUUCCUCUCAAUUCCAUAUCCACAGUGAAUAUUGCCUAGAAGAUGUUGGUAAUUACACAACGGAUAGCACGUACCACGAAAACUUAAUUGACCUUCUUCCUAACCUUAUAAACAAAGCCUCCUUAUCCACCUUCGAUAAUAUCACAGUUGGACAAGGGAUCGACCAAACAUAUGGCUUAUAUAUGUGUCGAGGUGAUCUCAAUGGACAACAAUGUCAUGAUUGUGUCGAGGCCGCAUCCAAAACAAUCGUAGAAAAAUGCCCUACACAAAAAGAGGCCAUUAUGUGGUACCAGGAAUGUAUGGUACGGUAUGCAAACCGCCCCAUCUAUUCUCACCAAGAACAAAGUCAAAUGAGCUACACCUGGAGUCUAGUAAAUGUGUCUGAUCCUACAAAAUUCGGAAAAUUAAUUUCAGAGAUGAUGGAUGGUUUAAUCGAGCAGGCUGCCUAUAACUCAAGUCGAGGUUAUGCUACUGACCAAGGCGAGCUCACGUUGUUCGAGAAUGUGUAUGCCUUCGCACAAUGCACUCCUGACAUAAUUGGAAAUCGAUGUGAAAGAUGCUUAAGAGUGGCAUUCAGAAAUAUGGGAGCAUGUUGUGGGACGGCAAGAGUAUCGAUGGAAAUGUACUUGCCUAGUUGCUGGCUCCGAUAUGAUCAAGCACCUUUCAUUGGAGAAUUUAACAAUGAGAAUGACGCUCCCUCUACCAGUACGACUUCGUCGACAUCAGGCCCGCCAACGAUGGACUUUAACUUUCCUAAUAAUACACCCGUCGUGCCACCUUCACCACCUUCCGGUAGUAAUCAGCUAACAAGCUUAAAGACCUACUUGCUUGUAAUGACAUUGUGUAUAUCAUCGUUAUUCAUGGCCUGGUAA